AUGACUGACAGACUUGUAAUCGGUCUUGAUAAAUUAAAUAAUAAAUUGAAAAUUUUAUUAGAAGAAAAUAAGAGAAUUAGGCAGCAACAUGAAAGUCUUCAAGAAGAAAACAGAGAAACCCUACGUAUUAAUUCGGAAUUAAAAGAAACUCUUCAAGAAAAUGAUCAACGAUUUGAAGAAUUUCAACGAAAUUUAGAAAAGCAAAGAUUAGAGGAAAGUAAAAGGUUUGAACGGCAACAUACGAAACUUCAAGAAGAAAAUCGAGAAACCUUAAGUAUUAAUUCCGAAUUAAAAGUAAAGCUUCAAGAAAGAGAUGAGCAAUUAGAAAAGCUUCAACAACAAGUUUUAAAUUUUGAAAAACAAAAAAUUGAAAUCCAAGUAAUUUCUCAAAAUAUAGAAAAAACUCUAGAAAUGCUAGAAUUAGACGAAAUUGAUGAGAAUAAUAAAUUUCUUAAGGAAAAAAAUAAACCUUUAAUUAGUGAAAGCAGUGAACAAAAAAAUAGUAUCAACUAUGAAACAACUGACUUUCCUUUAAGUGAUAAUUAUAGUUUUCAACUCUCCGAAAAUGUUGAAAAUUCGUGGAGCUUUUUUGAUAAUGGUUGUAUUAAAGUCGUGGUUGGAUUAGACUUUGGAAUAACUUACUCUGGAUUUGCUUAUUGCCAUAUUAGUGAUUCACACAUAAUUUCAAAUUAUGAUUGGCCUGGUUCUUUUGGCGAACCAAAAACCAAUACAGUUCUUCAAUAUGAUGAUGAAUAUAUUAAUGUAAUGUCGUGGGGUGCUCCAGCUUUAUUUAAAAGAUUACCUUUUAAAAAGAAAAUAGGUAAAGAUAAUGAAACGAAACCGGUUGAAUUAUUUAAAUUACAUUUAAGCAAUUUACCGGACGAGCUUAAACCGAAACUUCCGGUUAGAUAUGAAAAGGCUAUUACUGAUUAUCUUAGAGAAAUCGGAAAGGUGAUUAAGGAGACGAUUGCAAGUCAUUGGAUAGGCAUAGACAUCCUUCAUCAAGUGUUGUUAGUUCUUACGUAUCCAGCUGAUUAUUCGGAUAAAUCAAAAGCGAUUAUGCGAGAAUGUGCAUUUAAUGCAGGGUUGGUUAGGGAUAAAGAUUCAAUGGCAUUGCAAUGCAUUACAGAAUCUGAAGCUGCCGCAAUAUAUUGUAUUUUUGGAGAACACGAUCUGAAAAAACUAGGAACCACUUUUAUGGUCGUUGAUUGUGGUGACACAGUAAAUUUGACUACUUGUAAAUUAAUAAGCGAAACACGAGUGGAUGUAGUUACUGAAAGAUCUGAAAGUAUUGUUAUUGAUGAUGAAUUUGUUAAAUGCUUGCGUAAAAUAUUGGGUGAUCGACCCAUUGAUUUAUUAAGAGAAAAUUAUAAUGGACAGAUGCAAUAUUUGAUUAAAGAUUUUUCUCGACGGUAUAAAUAUUCUUUUACGGGAGAAGAUGACUUUGAUGCUUAUAAAUUGGAUCUUGAAGAUGUUGCUCCUGCAAUAAUGCAAUAUAUUAUUGAUAAUAAUAUUAGAAAAUGGUUGGAAGAAGCGGAAUGGGUAGUUAAAUUUAAAAUAAGAUCGAUUUUUGACCCUUUUAUCGAAAAUGUUAUACAGUUGAUUCAUACAGAGCUCGAUAGUUCUCGUGAAAAAUGUUCAUCAAUGUUUUUAAUUGGAAGUUUUAGUGAAUCAAAAUAUUUACAAAACAGUAUAAAAAAAGAAUUUCAACAUAGAAUAAAUAUUUCAAUUCCUACUCAACCUACUGUUGCAGUUGCGCACGGAGCCGUAAAGUAUGGAUUAAAUUUACUUUUUAAUGAUACUUUGAAAAUAUAG